CACGGAGGCGGAGGGAACUGGCCGGCGCUCGGGGCCGCUGGACGCACGCUGGCUUUAAUAGCUGGUUGCCAGCCAAGCCCUCGGCCGGAGCGCCGGCGUUCCGGGCCGGAGCCGUGCCCGGCAGCGCCGGUCACCCCGCGGGACGAGGCGGCCCGGCAGCGCGGGGCGGAGCGCGGCGGGGUCCCGGCUGCCCAGCGCCAGAGGGAAACUUCUGCCGCCGCCCGGCAGGCAGCAGGCCGCGGGCCCGGCGGAGGGCAGCCCCUGCCGCUGCCGGCGGACCCCCUCGCCUCCGGCCGGGAGCGGUGCGGCGGUGCGAGGCGGGGCCCGGCGGCCGCCCCGCCUCCCUCCUCGGGGAUGCCGGGAUGUUUGCGGGCCCGGCAGGAGCAGCAGGGGGCGGAGAGGAGGUCGGGGCCGUUGCGGGUGCCUGAGCCGCCCGCCAGGAGCCCCGGCCCGGCCCCGCGCCUGAGAAGCCGAGGAGGAGAGGAGGCUGGUUCCGGGCCCCCGCGCCAGGAGAAGGCGGAGCCAGGCUUCCCGAAAGCCUUGCGACCCGACAUGGGCUAUAAUACACUUGCCAAUUUCCGAAUAGAGAAAAAGAUUGGCCGUGGGCAGUUCAGUGAAGUUUACAGAGCAACCUGCCUGUUGGAUGGGGUACCAGUGGCUCUGAAGAAGGUUCAGAUAUUUGAUUUAAUGGAUGCCAAAGCCCGUGCUGACUGCAUCAAAGAAAUAGAUCUUCUUAAGCAACUGAAUCAUCCAAAUGUAAUUAAAUAUUAUGCCUCAUUCAUUGAAGACAAUGAACUGAACAUAGUGUUGGAAUUAGCUGAUGCUGGAGAUCUCUCUAGAAUGAUAAAGCAUUUUAAGAAACAGAAGAGGUUGAUUCCUGAAAGAACAGUUUGGAAGUACUUUGUUCAGCUUUGCAGUGCCUUGGAACAUAUGCAUUCUCGUCGUGUUAUGCAUAGAGAUAUAAAGCCAGCUAAUGUGUUCAUUACAGCUACAGGGGUAGUAAAGCUUGGAGACCUUGGACUUGGUCGAUUUUUCAGCUCCAAAACCACAGCUGCACAUUCUUUAGUUGGUACACCUUAUUAUAUGUCUCCAGAGAGAAUACAUGAAAAUGGUUACAACUUCAAAUCUGACAUCUGGUCUCUAGGCUGUCUUCUGUAUGAGAUGGCUGCACUGCAGAGUCCCUUUUACGGUGAUAAAAUGAACUUGUACUCCCUGUGCAAGAAGAUAGAACAGUGUGACUACCCACCUCUCCCUUCAGAUCACUAUUCAGAGGAACUGCGACAAUUAGUUAAUAUGUGCAUCAACCCGGAUCCAGAGAAGCGACCAGACAUAACCUAUGUCUAUGAUGUAGCGAAACGUAUGCAUGCACACACUGCAAGCAGCUAAACAGACAUCAGAUCGUGAAGAAAAGAGCAGAAAUAACCAAGUAUUUUAAAUAAAUCAUCCCACCUCUGUGUGUUACAGAAAUGUAAUUAUUUGAAGCCUGCUGUUGUGCUUUGAAUUGUAAACCAAUUUAUAUACAAGCUUUGUUGUUUUCUGUUUAUUUCUAUUUUUUGUAUUUUUUACUAACUUGCAGUUGUACAAUAGGUUUAAAUAUGUAAAGCGUAACUUUAAAAGAUACUGAGAACCACUGUUUUCCAUGUUAAGUGGGUUCAAAUAUAUUUACUUUAAUAACAAAAUUGUAUUCAGUUGGGCCUCAAUUCUAAAACACAGUUGCACUUUUGCACAUGAUACAGAUAUUAGGCUUAUUAUCCAGAAGCAAAAUGUCUGAAUCUCUCACCUUUUUAGUAAUUUAUGGAAAGUAUGAAUCAGCACAGUUGACUUUAUUUUAAUCUUUGUUCUAAGAGGAACAUAAUUAUUAUAGAAGGUUAUUGUAUUUUAUAUUGAAUUGUAGUUUGCAGUUCUCAGUGUAAGAGUAGACAGGCGAUAAGAUUAGUUCUCUGCUUGCCAAAUGUGAUGGGAAAAUAGUUUCAGGAAAAAUUGUCAUGCUGAAAUUUUUGUAACAUCCCUUUCUCUUUUGUUAUUCUGUCAUAAUGCACAUAAAACAUUUGUUGGAGGUUUUCUGGGAAAAUUUAAGGUGUUGGUUCUGCAAUCUGAUCGUUUUCAACAGCGUUGUGCAGCACUGCCCUGGGGCAGUAGAGUCUGCAUAGUUAAGUCUUAAAACCAUGCAGAUGCUUCUUGUAGCAAAUAGGGUUCUUUUGAGGCUAGCAUUUGUGAGAAGAUCAGAUUAAAAGAUGCAGUCUUUAAGUUACAACUUCCCAACUGUUUAUGUAUAUGUCACCGUUUGUAGAUUUUUGUGUUUAAAAUAAUUUGAAUGACCUUACAGUAUAUUUUAAUCUUUUUUUUUUUUAAUACAGAAACCUUUUGGAAAAGAUAUAGUAGUGUAGUAUAACACAAAAUGUGUUCUUUAUGAAUAUCUGGAUUUGUAUACUGUGUCCUGAGAAUUAGUUUUAUAUUUAGCAAAAGUAAAUAUUAGCUCUUUUAUGUGUAAGAGAAAGUUGCCACUCCUUCAUUUGGGAAAUAAAUAUUUAUGCAAAAUGUCUUACAAAUACUUUAUUAGUUGAAAAGGAAAUUCAGAAUAUUUUUGUUAGACCAUAGUAUCUUUUUGGGUAUGCUUAGAUAAUAUUUUUAUUGUUAAGGAAGGAAGGUGACUUGGUUUUAAAUGUGGUAAAAAUGGAGAAUGGACUGAAAUUCUUGAGUUUCCAGACUGAACUUUUUGUAGAGAACUGUCAAAACAUAAUUAUUACCAGUGAUAUUGCGAAGAAGCUGUUAGAGUCAGUUAAAUCUUUUUCUUUACGUGGGUAAAAAGAAGUUCAAAUAAAAGCAGUGGUAUGUACAUACAAAUAGAAGUUCUAGAUGCAGUCAGUUCCCUGCACGCUCAGAUUUUUUUUUUGUUUGUUUCUCUGUGCAGCUUUAAUUUUUUAUUUGAUAUAAUGCUCAACGAAUAAAAAUUCAGCUGUGGGGUUUGUGGACGAAAUGUUCAAGCUAGGUCACGGUUUUUUCUUAUUUUGUAUUUUUUAAAAUGACAAAUACUAUGGAAAUCAGCUUGGCAAAAUACAGGACUUUUUAAAUAGUAUGUGCCAGAUCAUCAGCUUAUCUUGAUACAUUUUUGUUUCAUUUUUGUUUCCAAAUUUUGUAGGAUGAAUCCUUAGUUUUCCUUCUAGCUUCUGUGUAUACUUAAUCUUGUAGGACUUCGGUGGAACAAUAUGUAGGGAGGAAGUAUUUGUGAAACCUUGGUUUGUGUCUAGCAACCUCUAUAUUUGUUUUCAUUUAUUUGAUUACUGAAUUUUAAAAAUGAUGGUUAUGUUCUAUAACAAUAGUUCAUAUGUCAUAGAAUGAAAUGGUUUGUAUUGGAAGAGGCAGCACAAUACUUGCUUGACUGCCAGGAUUAGCUCUUAAUAGGCACAAGUACUCAAACCAUUUUUUUUCUGAAAUAUACUAGAACAUUUAAAAAACACUGAAAAAACCCCAGCACAGUCAGGCUAUUUGCAUCUGAUAUUAUGCAUCAAGUAUUGAACUUUUCCUGAAAGAAACCAGUAACAUUUUUUUUUUUUCCCCCUCCUGUCUGGAAGGAUACAUUGAGUAAAGAAAUCAUGAGUUAAGAGUUAGCAAAUGUGCAUACUUAAGCAUUUAAAUUUUUUUAUUGUUUUUUUAAUAUUUAUGAUUAAAUCUUGUGCUAAGGAAAUGAAAUAGUUGUUCCUAUUUUAAAAUCUGUAAAAUGAAUGGUACAGCUGACUCUGGUACCAAACUCUAUAAUUAAGAAGCCUAUAUGGGUUAAUAGAACUGCUUAUGUAACUGGGGAUUGUAGAAUCUAUUCCCUAAGUAAAGCACCUGGUAACAUAUGAAAAUGAUAAGUCUGUUAUAACACUCCCAUGUGUGCUAUACACUGAUAAAAUACUUUCUUUUAUAAAACACCAUUCUAUUUUUCAUAUGUUGUUGAUGCUGACAUUUGGCACUAUUUAUUUUAAGCUAUGGCAUUAUGUGUUUAUUUUCUUUAAAGAAAACGUUACAUUUCUAACCAAAAUGUCUGACUAGCUCCUCCUUUUAUUUCAGUAAUGCUACAGUAUUAACUUGCUUCAUGAGUGAAGUUUGUGCUUUGAAUGACAUUGCAUAAAAUCUUUGUCUUGUCUUGAAAGCUCCCCUGCUGUGCAGUAGUCUAAUAGAAAUAAAACAUACAGAUACUAAAUAUAAUGAAAAAAUGAUAGUGUUCCUAUGAUAUUUUUUCAAACUUUUCUUGUUACAGAUAUAUAUAUAUGUUACAGUAGAUGCUACCUAGUUUGUGGACAUUUUACUGCUUCCAGUAGUUGAUUAUAGGUGAGUUUUCUUGACUGUAACAAAAGACAGUACAUUCAAAACAUCUUUUUUGUAAUCUUUUGGUGAUAAUUAUUUGUCAAAAUUUUUUCUAAAAACACUACAUCAGAUAUAUUCACAAUUAACUCAAAAGAUGUUUUUAUCUAAAAUUUAAAAACAAAUUAAAAUUAUUUUCAAACCAUACGAAAAUACCUGAAAAGUUAAAAAUAACGAAGAGCUCCCAUUAUGGUCCCAGUCCUGUGAGCUCUUGUUUAUAGCUAGGCUGGUUUUUAUGUAAUUUCAGUAAUUUUGAGUGAACCUCGUAUACACACAUGAAUAAAUAGUAAUCAGUAGGGUAUAUAGAAAUGACGUGCUCAGCUCACUUUUUACGCUUUCUGUAUGUCACUGGUUUGGUAGCAGGGAAUACUGUGUUUCUUCCCCCUCUUCUGUUGCACUCUAAUGAUCCAGCUACCAAUUGUAUGAGCAGGCAAUAGAAGUAUGUCAUCUUUUUGUAAUGAGCAGAAACUUUAAAAACAUGCCAAUAUACCAGAAGAUGAAAUACAGUAUUAGAAGUGUCUGAGAAGGCUGGUGUUUUAUUCCUGCUCAUGAUUAAGAAAGCCAUAGAGUGAAAUUCUUGAAAGAGGCUUGGAAAUGGAGAAGGACUUCUUAUGCCAGUGGUUCUCAGAUUUCUCUGAAUAGGACCCAAAAUUGCAGUGAUGUUUGUUUUCAGCAAUCUGUUCACUUAAUCUCUGUCUUCUCUGUUAUAUGAUGAGACGAAAUCUUAAUGGCUGAAUUUGAAUGCUGGUGGCAAAUGCUGCAUCAGGUAUUUGAGCUUCUAGGAACAGGAGGUUGAUGUGAGGGAGAGUCAACGAAGGCCUUCAGGUCUUGCUUUGUGGAGAGCUAAUUUAAUCUGGAAGUAAAGGUGCUGGAUAGCAGAGUUCAAAUCACUGCUUUUCCAUCAUUUUUAAUACUUCCUUAACAGUCAAAAGUUUUUCCAACCCUGCCACAUCCCCACAACAUCUAGCCAGUGGCAGUGCUGGUCUUCUGAAUUUCUGAUCUCUGGUUUGGUCUGGGUGAAUAACUAACCUUUCUGCCAAGAUCACCCAAGGAGGGAAAUACAGGCGCUGGGCAUGCGCAGUGGGGUGUUACUUAUGUUUCUGAACAUGACUUAAAUAUAGAUUUUUAAGGUUCUUUUUCAAACUUUACUCCCUUCCCUGAACCUUGUUCUUCAGUUGAUGCUUUUUAAAAAUUGUUUCAUAUUCACUUCUGAAAUCCUACGAUUCCUGUCCUCCACUGUUUCUGCUUCGUCUGUCCUGUUGUCUGCUCUACCCUCUUCCUGAUUUGAAGUCCUUUGUGUCUAGUUUUCCUAGUGGCCAUUAGUUUGCUUCUUUGUGACUUUGCUAAACUCAACCCAUUUCUGUCUUCUCAAAUUUUAUCCCUCACCAUGGGCAAGCCCGAUUUUUUUUCUUUUCCCCUGGUAACUACUUAGCUCCAUUGUUCUUCAUUCUGUUUUCCAGCCUGACGCCUUUCAUUUCUAGUUUUAGACAGAUUUUUCUCACUGCCUCAAUCAUUCCCAUGACCUUGUCUUUACUAAAUACUGUUCACUUUAUUAUCUCUCAUUUCUAAAUUCCCUUUCUCUGAUCACUACCUGCUCUCUUUCAGCUUAUCUGUCUUUCUCUCUCCUCUACCCUGUCACUCACUCCUUUUGGGAUCUCCAGUCUAUUAACCUUUCUGACACCUUUACUCUUCUCAGCUGCCUCCUUCCUUCAUUGGCCUCACUUCCUUUGACUCACUGGUCUUUAUUUUCAUCUCUAUCUGCUUCUCUAUACAUGGUUUCUUUGGUUGCUUCUCACAUUGCCCUGUCUCCAUUCCUCUCCCCAGACAUUUUUUCUUGUAAUUUCUUAAUCUCCAUUCCUGCCUUUCCGAAUAUCUCCGAAGAGUAUGUCAGCACAGCACAGCUUUGGACUUAGCUUUGCCUUGCUUGUUGUAAUUCUCUUUCCAAAUGGACUUUUUAACCGCUUUUAUCCCACAUCUUUUUACUCGUUGAGCUUGCUUGCAGAUUUGCUGUUCAUUUAAUUCUCCAUUCAUUCUUGAUACAAAAUGUAUCUUCAAAACCAAUCUGGAUUUUUGCAUGACAAGAUCCUUUUCAAAAAUUGUUCUUUCUCAGAAUCUGUUUUGGAACUGGGCUUCUCUGCCUCUCAACUAUACAAGUUUGCCCCUUUUAUUUCUGUAUCUUUUAUACCUCUCUCAUUCCUUUAAUUGAAUGACUUUUUCCUCUUUAAAUCCUCCUCUCAUUUCCUUCACUAGCAACCAAGUUUCUCUUUCCUCUGUCUUGAAGGGGAUUGCACCCAUCAUCCUAACUCGUUCUCUUUUUUAAUACUUUGCCCUUUAUUCUCCAUUUGUCAUCCCCUAAUUUCAUGUACCUGAACAUCCUCAGUCCAGUUUGUUUUCAAGUUUUUGCCUUUACACUUAAAUUUGAAUGCCCCAAAAAUCCAGCGCUUCCUUUCCCAGUUUGGUUCUUCCAUAGUUCUACCUCCAGGUGAUUUCUUGAGUAUCCAGCCACAGCCUCAGACCUGUUCAGAUUCAAAGAUCUAAUUUUUAUUCCUAGCUCCCUCUAGACUAUUUUCUAACAUCCCUGACAAUUUUACCUGUGAAUUUUCCAGGGCCACAACCUUUCUAUCUCUGACCCUGCUCCCAUGCCUGUGUAUCAAAUGUCUCAAAGUUAGUAGUAUCAGAUUCCAGCACUCUUCACUGUGUUCUUUCUUAUCUUUUAUCUUCACUGUUUUAACCUCUGUGUGAUUUUGACUUCUUUCCUCCCUUCAAAGUAUCAAAAUUGACAGGACUAAACUCCUGUUGUUGGGCUUUAGCCGUUUCAUGUGCUGAAGGAGGAACUCCACCAAAUUACUACUUGUUAUGUGUUUUUAAGAGACUCGAGUCCCACAGAUUUGGUCUUAUUUCAAGACUGGAGAGCUGGAGUAGAUUCUAUUCCUCCAAGUACUUUGAAAGUCCUUGAAUUUGGGUGUCAAUUUAGUUUUCCACCACUUCAGAUACAAAAUUUUUGCCCUUCAUUUCUUCAUGUUUGCUGUAUUUAACUUUGUCUUGUCUUGUUUCUGCACAUACAGCUAACAGUAGUUUUCUUGUUAUAGCAACUUGAUUUCAGUGCUUUUACCAUUGCUUGAAAUAAGAAUGUGCUUAAGAGCUUCACUGGCUGGAUCCAGAGUGCUAGGCACAAUGCUCCUCUUUGUUACUGUCCCACCCUUACACUGGCUUCUCUUCUUUGCUGCCCUCUGUAUCUUGCCUAACUGAAGAUACACUAUAGUACCCUGCAGGGUAGCGUAGGUGCAGCUGAACCAGCUGCAAACAAGGUAGCUUGUAUACUUGCGGCAAUACUGCAAGUUCUUAUCAACAGUGAAAUGUUUAUUUGUCCUGUAGGUCUAGAACUGAGCUCUGUGCUGUACCACUACUCUAUCCACACUACCCUAAUUUCAAGCCAAAUCAGAUCUGCCUGCAUGGUGGACUGCGUGGUGUUCUGUGUAGGUGCACUAUCUGACUUCACGGUUUUAGCAGGCUUUCAGAUUUGGAAGACUGUAUAUUUGCAGAGAUUUGCUGUUGAUCAAAUUGUCUGACCUUUGCUCAGAAUUAGUCUCAUAUAUAUAUGUUGAGAUUGAGAAGCAAAUUUCUCCAUAAAACUAAGUAGUUUGGGGUUUUGGGACUGUAGGAUGUAGAGCUGAAUGUCAGAUUGUUUGGUGUGUGGGGGGGUAUACACACAUUUAAUCACUGUUUAUUUGCACCAGAAUAAUUAUUUUCUAUUAGAGGCUCAGUUGCUUGUUGGCACAAAACAAAGACUUUUUUAGUAUUUUUCAGGUUUUAUGUUUAUUCUUUGUUGCCAGUUUGUAUCAUGUCAUACCAUUAGUUAAUUUGUUCUUCUACAACUGCCUUAAUGAUGGGUGGAGGCCUUACACCUUUUGUCUAAUUGAAAUCUUCUGUUCAUAUGGAAAUAAAAAUAAAUUAAGAAAUUA